AGAGCCUCCCAUUUCUCCUCCCCUUUACCCCCCAAAAUCCACCACCCAAUUCCGCCAUCGUGACCACCCAAAAGCUCCCCAUCUUGGUCUACUAUCAUGGCAGUGGAUUCUUCUUCGAAUCCGCCUUCUCAGCUGUACCACAGUUACUUAAACCUCUUCGUCUCCCAAGUAAACGUAGUCGUCGUCUCUGUAGAAUACAGGCUCGCUCCGGAACACUCGCUGCCUGCAGCUUAUGAAGACUCCUGGGAAGCCCUGAAAUGGGUCGUAACCUGUUCGACGAAAGACGCUAGUGAAGAGCCAUUGCUAAAUUACGGAGAUUUCAGUAGAGUUUUCAUCGCCGGUGAUAGUGCUGGUGGUAAUAUUGUACAUAACAUCGCCAUGCGUGGUGGGGUUGAGGAUUUGACUGGUGGGGUUAGAAUUUUAGGCGCUAUAUAUGUUCAUCCUUAGUUCUGCAGUUGAGGUCCAAUUGAGCCUGAACCUGUUUCAGGGCAGGACCAGCGCUUGCCUGUUUUGUUGUGGAAAUUAAUGCGCCCUUCAGCCCCACGCGGAUUAGAUAACCCAUGGUAAAUCCCUUGGCUCCUGGAGCACCCAGCUUGGCUGGACAUGGGUGUUCUACGAUUCUUGUCCGUGGUUCAGGGAAAGAUUUUUUGAGAGACAGGGGUUUGGUUCUAUGAGGGUGUGAAGAAGAGUGGGUGGAGUGGUGAAAUGGAGCUGUUGGAAUAGGAAGGAGAAGACGAUGUUUAUCAUAUCUUUCAUCCAGAGUCUGAGAAUGGCAAGAAAAUGACCAAACGCAUGGCUUCUUUUAUCAUGAAGGAAGAAACAGGCAUGGAUUGAUGUAUUCAACUUCGUGUUAAGUUACAGAGAGUUUAUGUAAAAUGUUUGCGUUCAUUGUUCCGUUCUGGUCUUUGUGGUUUAGACGAAAAGAUUCAGUGAGUUCAAUUCUUGCAUUCUGUAAUGUCAAGUGCUUGCUAUU